UUUUUCGCUGGUUGCCCCCGAUCUGACCGUCUCGUUCGGGUUGUAGGCGGGCAAAAAGAAACUUAAAGCCAUUUCACGGGCACUCCAGAAGACCAAUCGAAGUCCCAGCCAUUCGUCCCUCCGACAGGUCAACCAUGGCGAUCCAUCGACGGUAACAGCCAGUGGUCCCGAUCCUCCCUCCUCUUUCCAUCAACCCGACAGAAAGCAUCCAGCCACCGACCCGACUUACAACCCGACAUCACCAGUCAGAACUGGCUCCCGGACAUCACGCUCCACCCCCGGUCGACGAAGCGAGCGCCAGCCUCUGCGAGUGCCCGGCUCCCGGUUCUCCACGACGGUAGGAAGCUAUGGAAGCAUACUCGCAACACCACCGCUGCAGGCCGGCUCUUCUGAUGUGGCUUCGUUCGAAUUACCGGACCCAGCGAUAGACUUGAAGGUACAUGAUUUUGACCCGAAUAGCGAGAUCGCCCGUCAAGAUGAGCCCCGAAGCCCUUCGCCAGUUAUGGCGCGCAAUGGCAGCACGAGGACCGUACCCGAAAUGCCCCCGCGAAGCCCGUCCGCCAACACCGAUAACGACUUCAAGAGAAACACAUUUUCCGGCUCGAACAGCAAGCGAGCCUCCCAGAUGCUGAAGCGGGUACUCACAUACACUGAGGCGCAGGAAAAGCAGGAGGAUCAACCAUCGUCGGAAUUCCACCGGCGGCAAGACGAGUUCUUUGCAUUCUUAGACAAUGAACUGGCCAAGAUCGAAUCGUUCUACCAGAUGAAGGAAGAGGAGGCUACUGAACGCUUGAAGGUACUCAAACAACAACUUCAUAUUAUGCGCGACCAACGGAUACAGGAAGUUUUGAGCAAUAAGAAGGGUAAAGCGCAGAACGGACACGUGAACAAACAAACCGGUUUUGGGGGCCUGAACGGUUCCCGGUUAAAGGAGGCCUUUGUGGGACAUCGAAUCGGGAAGAAUUCCAAGGCAUUGGCCGAAUUAGCCACGCCAGCAGCAAAUCAAGGACAGGAUGCAGAUGUUGUGAACCGCCGCAGGGACUUCUCGCGUCGACCCGAUGAUGUAGCAAAUCAUGAGGUUUCCUAUCGUUCUGCCAAGCGGAAGCUUAAACAUGCGCUGCAGGAAUUCUACCGCGGCGUGGAGCUACUGAAAGCGUACGCCUAUCUCAAUAGGACAGCCUUUCGCAAGAUCAAUAAGAAGUAUGAUAAGGCCGUUAACUCCCGUCCGCCUCUCAGGUACAUGUCGGAUAAGGUCAACAAGGCGUGGUUUGUACAAAGCGAGGUCACCGAAAACUUGAUGGCCGCGACGGAGGAUCUUUACGCUCGCUAUUUCGAACGCGGAAACCGCAAGAUCGCCAUCUCCAAAUUACGCAAAACACUCAAGAAAUCAGGCGACUACUCUCCGAAUACGUUCCGUGCCGGCCUUCUCCUGAUGGCUGGUAUAUUGUUCGGCAUUCAAGCUCUGAUAUACGCCAGUCAGCAUUUCCAUCACCCCGAUCCCAUGAUACCCAUCCACACCAGCUAUUUACUUCAGGUUAGUUUGAACGACUCUGCGAUAGACGCCAUGUUUUGGCUACAUCAGUCAUGGCGGGACUAACUUGAACAGAUAUACGGCGGCUUCUUUCUCAUAGUCUUUCACUUCUUACU